AACCCUAAUCUUACAAAGCCCGUGAGAGCUUUGAAACCUUGCAUCGCAGGGAAAUUUCAGACAUGGCGACCAUGGAGGAAGGUACCAAGGCUGCUGGAACAGCGGCUCCCUUUGGUAGCACUGGCAGCGGUGACGAUAUUGACGAGCGCACUGUCUUCGUGCGCAGCUUGCCAUACACUCUCACUGAUGCGCAGCUCGAGGCUUAUUUCGGUGAAGUAGGUCCUGUUCGGAACUGCUUCACGGUGAAACAGAAAGGCUCUGAACGGCACCGCGGAUUUGGAUUCGUGAAUUUCGCGGUCAAAGAGGAUGCUAUUCGAGCUGUUGAAACCAAAAAUGGUGCCGCCCUGCAAGGACGAAAGAUUAAAGUGGAGCUUGCAAAGCGCCGGGCUCCGCUGGACGCAAGGCAUCCUAAAGGCAAACGCAAAGAUGCAGAGGGAACUAAAGAAGAUGAAAAAAAUGUUGAGGGGGAUUCAAUGGCUGCUAUGGCACCCGAGGACAAGGGAAUAAAGAAGCGAAAAGUUUCCGACGGUGAAGACCUGGAGCUAUCUCAUGGGACGGCGGUCGAAUCGAAACUCACAAAUGGCAGGCAACCAGCAGUCAAGCCAGACUCGAAGAAGCGUCCACGAGAAGAGGGGAAGGCAUCUGAAAGUCAGAGAACUGCACGGACAGUUAUCAUAGGGUGUCUGGAAAACCCCAAAAUGGUUCAAGCCGCCAUUGCAAAAGCCAAAAGAUUGGGCAAAGUGGAGGAUGUGCGUCAUCCUGUUCCAGAAGCCGAGCUUAUCAGUCGGGGUUUGGCUAAGGAUGGAUGCAAACAAGAGGCUGUAGAAGUUCGGUACACCUCUGUGAAAGUAGCUCAUCAAGCUGUAACCGCGCUUCACAAGCAGAAUGUAGGAGGAGGAGGUGCUAUUUGGGCUCGUCAACUCGGUGGAGAGGGCGCGAAGUUGAAAAAAUGGCGGCUCAUUGUUCGGAAUCUUCCCUUCAUGCUGAAAGAACAAACUUUGCGUCAGCUAUUCUCUCCGUUAGGGUUUGUUUGGGAGGUCACCAUACCGAGGAAACCUGACAACUCGUCGAAAGGAUUUGCUUUUGUUGGUUUCACCUGCAAGGCUGACGCAGAGAAGGCGAUUCAAACUGUGAAUGGGACACUAGUCAGCAAGAGGCCUAUUGCAGUGGAUUGGGCAGUGGCUAAAAAGGAGUACGAAACUGCUGCAUCUAAAACUUCUGUUCCAGAAGCAACUGAAGACGAUGUUGAUGAAACUGCUAGUGAGGAUGAAAGUGAUGAAGGAAGUGAAGAUGGAAACGACGAGGAUAGUGAAGAUGAAGAUGGAAGUGGUUCUGAAGAAGAUGUUAAGCACUCACCCAAGGUCACAAAGAAAAUGAAGGUUGAUAGCAGUAAUCUGAAGCAAUCGAGUCCCAAAGUAGACAUCGAUAUAGAAAGUAGUGAUGAGGAAGAUGUAGAUGACGAAGAUGAUGACGAGGGUGAAGAAUCUGAAAAGGACAAAGAACAAGUGAUUGAUUUCUCAGAAGAGAAAGACUUGGCAAAAAGAAUACUCAAGAAAGUGACAGCCUCUAGCAAGACAAAAGAGCAGGACAAUGUACAGCUGACUGAUAGCCUUGAGAUUGGGGGUAAGCAAACAGCUAAACAAAAGUCUUCAGCGAAGGAAACUAAGCCUGCAGUUAAGGAGACUAAAACGCCUAAAGUAGCGGACACUGUUAAGAAUGCGAAAAAAGUUGAACUUGCAGCUUCACAGGACGACGGCUUGAGUAGGACAGUUUUUGUCAGAAAUCUGCCCCUGGAGGCAAAUGUGCAGGACCUUCGUCGUCAAUUUUCUGACUUUGGUGAGGUCAAAGCGUUUCGGCUGGUGCUUCAUCCGAUAACUAAGAGACCUAAAGGAACUGCUUUUGUGGAGUUUGUUACUGCUGAAGGUGCUCAAGAAGCAAUAGCAGCUGCAAGUAGGACUGAGGCAGAUGGUGGACUUGUUGUUGGAGGUCGGAAUAUAAUCAUGAAUUUGGCUCUGGAUCGUGAUAAAGCCAAGCAAGUAGCCAGGGAAUUAUCGAAGGAACAAGAUGAUCAUGAUAGAAGGCACUUAAAACUUGCCAAGGAAGGCGUAGUAGAGGAAGGUACACCGGCAGCACAAGGUUUAUCCAAGGGUGAUCUUAUGAAACGCAAACAAGUUGAGCAUGAGAAAGCCACGAAGUUGCGGAGUCCAAAUUUCCAUGUUUCUACUACUCGACUUGCUGUGCACAAUAUUCCUAAAGAUAUGACUGAGAAGGAACUCAAGCAGUUGUUCAUUCAAGCUGUAAAAUCCAAAGCAUCUAAGCAAAACCCUGCACUUAAGCAGGUGAAAAUUUUACGGGAUGAAGUGAAAGGAGUGCCAGGUAGUAGUGGGAAGUCACGGGGAGCUGCUUUUGUGGAAUUCACCGAACAUCAGCACGCACUUGUGGCCCUGCGAGUUCUUAAUAACAAUCCAGAAACAUUUGGAUCCGAGCACCGUCCAAUUAUUCAAUUUGCAAUUGAAAACUCUCAGAAAUUAAAACUGAGAGCUACCCGGGAAGCACUGGCUAAAGGUAGACAAGCAAGGAAUGCUGCCACUGCCAGGCCAGGGGAUGGAUCGAGCAAGGGUAAAAAGUUCGACUCAAAGAAAGAUCAAGAAUCGUUCGGGAAACGGACGGCUGGUGUUGGUAACUCCGCUGAUGACGGCAAUGAAGUGGAUGAUAGUGAUCGACGUGUUAAGAGAAAACGCGAAAAGAAGAACAAAAAGAAGGAAGCUGGUCAGGAUACGAAAAAUGCGGCCUCCGAGGAGUUGGUCACAGAUUCCAAAAUCACCAUGAAAGGAAAGAAGCUUCAAAAACCCCAUGAUAGGAAACGACAGAAAUUUGAGGUUGGUGCAGGUAAUCAGGAGUUCUUGGGCAAGAACAAGAGCAAGCAAAGCAGCAGCGAUCAAUCUCUAAGUGCUAAACCAAGUCCAGAGAAAGUGCAAGCAAACAAGAAGCCUCGAGUAACACCUGAAAAAUCACCUCAGAAUCGUAAAACGGAAAAAACGACAAAACCUACAGCUGAAAUACCGCAGCAUAAAUCACCGGCAGAGCAGUCAAGGCGGCGGAAGAAUCAACCAGAAAUCGCGGACAAGUUGGACCAGCUCGUCUCCGAGUAUCGGACUAAGUACUUUAAUACCUCCAGUGGAACCAAAUCGAAAAGUUCUGCUCAGCCUGACGCGGAUCUGAAGCGGUGGUUUGAGUAGGUGAUCCCCUGAUGUUGGUGAUUUUCGUCCGUCCCGGGCCUCUUCGCAUUUGACGAAAGGAAGAAUUCUUCAGUUCCUCGUGCCAUUCCAGACUGUUGCAGCGUGAACGACGCCUCAAGCAGUUUAUCCUAGAUACUCGUGAAGAAGUUAAAAGGGAUGUGUUUGAGUUGGAGUGCCUAAUAUGGAGUUUGUAAUCAUCUCACAACCAGGUGAAAUGGAAAUGUUACGCGAGUAAAAAUGCUCCCAGAAGACUUGCUCAAGAAUUUUUGUACCUCCGAGAAUACUGCCGCAAAAACAUUUUAUUUCUGUCAGCCCGCAAGUUGCAACCACAGGUUCUGGGUAACAGAGUGCGGGAUUCGAGACUGAGUCUAGAGAUCUUGUACCUUACGAAGAAAUUCAUGCUCGACCACGAUUUUGUGUUUACUCGGUCGCAGUUUCGAAUCGGUGAUGGUGUAAGAGCACUUCACGACUCUGGGUCAGAUCCUUCAUAGCGUUAGUUCAUUGGUCACUUGCUGAUUACUGUUUAAAAUCCAUCUGGUUGUUACAUCGAUACAGCCAAUGCUAUAUUUUGGACAAGCCUUAUUCCCCAACCUCAGAAUGAGAAUAUAAGCAAAAACCUGCCCAUAGUUAAUAAUUCCUAGAGCGACGUGACAGAUUGGGAUAAUCGCUCGAAUGCAUUUCACCUAUUUCUUUUCAAUGGGAUAAACUGUAAAUCAAAGUGUCAACUACUACUUUUCUUAA